AUGCAGCAAAACCAGCACACCAGUGAGGGGCAGCUUCGGGCUGAGCAAGCGCUGUCCGAAAAAGCUUCCCCAGCUUAUUUUGGCUUUGGCUUCAAGUCAGCCGCUCCCCAGCUCCUUGCCCUCCGCAGCUUUAAUUCUUCUCCCAAGAAUUUGUCGACGGACGAAGCACGAUUUCCAUUCUCCAUUCGUCUUCUUUUAUCCCACCGGCUUUCCAUGGCCGCUGACGACCAAGAUACGCUCGUCGAGCCCACCGCUGUUGCGGACGGCACGCCCUUGACAAUGACCAAGACCAAGUCCUCCGACCAACCCCCCGAGGGACAAACCCUCACCGGAAAGCAGGAACAUUACCUCAAGCGAGAGCUCAUGGCCGAUCAGAGCGUAUACGAAAUCAACGAGCUCAAUUCACCAACUGCCCUUCAGCGCUUCGGUGCCCCAUUUCGAUCCGAGCACGGCGAGAUCUCCCCGCAAGAAUCCGAGUUGCCCCUGCUACGAUACAUUUUUGUUCACCAUGUGCGCGACUUUCCCUUCCUCGACAAGGCCCGCGAAAAAGAAUUUUGGCAGGAUAAGCUGCAAGUUUUUCUCGAAUCUUUUGCAACCAAGCACAUUUCCUCCUCCGAAGACCGCCUCGAAGAGACGAAGCGCAAAAAGCUAGCCAUCAAAGCCCAAAAGAUGGUCGAGCUCAUGAUGGUCUCUGGAAUUGGCACUUCCUCUGGCUUUGAGGAGCGCAUCCGAUUUUCCGAAAUCGAUAUUGUUGAUGCCAACGCCAUUGACACUGGAGUUAUGCACACCAUCCCCGAGGGAAAUUAUAUCAACGGCUGGGACGUCAACGUAGCUGCCGUGCGCAUAGUCUCAGUGAAGCGCAACAUUCGCCAGCACAAGCACUCCGAGUUCAUCCUCCGCGUCAAGAAGAAGGGCGAACUCGAGCAUUUUGUCGCCCGCCGUUAUGGCGACUUUGCUCGGCUGCACAAACGCAUCCGCACUGAGCUGCCCGGCCGCGCCCUGCCUACACUGCCCAAGAAGAACAAGUCAAAUUCCACAGCAUCAACCAUCAUGUCCGCCUUUGGCGGUGGCGCUGAUUCCGACGAUGGAGCGAGUGUGUCCACCGUGUCAACCCGGCUUACUCGUCUCUCCGUUGAGCCUGAUGCCCCGUCGGCUAGAUUGGCACCCGCUGGACACCAAAGGGCCGGCUCUCUUCGAUCGAUCCAAUCCAGUGCUUCUAGAACCGGGAACUCGCCUCGAGUAUCUGCGGAUGGGAGACUGGCCCCUGGUGGCGCUGAGCCGGACCGUGCUCCCAACGGCGAUACUGUCGUCUUGAGCCGCGAGAACCAGCGAAUUUCUUUGCGGUCAUUUAUUCGCUCUAUGCUACAUAAUCCGCAGAUCGCCAACACAGCUGCCAUGGAGAAUUUCUUGAUUGCGGACCCCAUCACACCUACCGACGAAGACGUGGAAGAUAUUAUCCGUCGCAAGGCUCUAGAUGAGAAGCGCGUUGAGGAGCAAAAGAAUUUUUACGAAAUCGCGCGCAAACGAGCGGCAGAGCUCGACGAGUACAUGGAGCAGUUCCGACGGGACAUUGUUGAACGCAACGGUCUUACCGUGCUCUUCAAAGAAAUCAAGGAGAAAAAGACGAUUGCGGAUCUCAGCAUACAGUAUCGCAAGUUUGCCGAGUGGCUCCGCAUCGAAGUCGCUGCCGUCAUUUACCACCUCUUUCUGGCCGAGGACAACUCCCCCGAGGUAUUUGCGCAGGCACGCAGAAUCCACUCAUUGGUGCCUUAUAGCAUCAUCAAAAAUGUCAUUCGCAUCGCCAACCCAGCUGCCGUCAUGUCAGGCAUAUUGGACGUUUUCAUGGCGCAACCCUUUGGCACGCGCUCCUUGCUGCAGCGAAUCUUUUCUCUUACCUUGAAUGACGGCAUUAAGAGCUUCCAAAAGUCUAUCGACACCCUCAACACUAAGAUUGGCGACCCGGUCUUUUCGGAGAAGCUGCAGCUCUAUACGAGGGCCGAUGAGCACAUCAAGGCUGCCGUUCGGCAAGAGGCCGAGGAGGAUAAUAUGGAUCUUGUCGUCAGCAUCUUGCGCUCGGAUUUGCUAAAGCCGGAGUUGACGGGGCCGCAAGUUCAACGCCUCUUUAAUGCCUACGUCGCCUUCAACAAUGCCGUGGAAAAUAUUGACGAGGAGCUGAAGCAAGGCGCCGAGCUCUUCUCCCAUCUCAAGCAGCUGCUUAAGCUGUGCACCCGCCAGCGCGACAAGGCCAUGAUGUUGACUCUCGUCGAAGAGCCCGUCACGCUGCAGCUCUUCCGCGACCUGUUUACCAUUUUCUACGAACCACUCGUCCGCGUCUACAAGUCAGCCAACGUAUACAACAGCGUGUCCGACUUUGCCGUCUUUUUUGACGACAUUAUCCAGACGGUGGACAAGUGCCGCGAGCAAGACGCCUCGGCAGACCCGAACCAGACGGUGCAGGCCUUUAUCGAUCUGUGCCAGCGUCACGAGGACAAUUUUUACAAGUUUGUCCACGAGGUCCACACGCACGACAAUGGACUCUUCACUCAACUCAUGGGGUGGAUUGAAGGGAUCCUGGAGUUUUUGCGUAAAGGCCCAAAGAACGGCACACUCAACGUCAACGCCCUCUUUGAAGGCGGUGUCAGCACGGGCAUCAUUGACAAGGACAAGGCCGUCGAGGAGAUUAAUGCUCUCAUUGCGUGGCAAGAAGCCCGCAAGAAGUGGCACAAUGACAAGACGCGCCAAAAAAUGGCGGCCGAGUCCAACACGGCCGGCGCCAACGGCGGCCUGAACGGCAGCCUCGUGACAGGCCUGAGCUUUGACGUGUCCGACUUUGGCCUGGACAGCGCGGAUAUCGAAGACUUUAACAACUACCAUGACGAGGACUCGGAAGACGAGCUGGAGGCCGAGGCCGAGGACGAAAUGGACCCCAUUGAGGCGGAGCGCCGCCGCAGACAGAAGCAGCAGCACACGCUCCGCCGCCGGGCUGGCGAGCCUGUCAAGCCCGCGAUUGGCGAGGUGUACAAGCUCAAGGAAAACUUUUUGGUCAUGCUACGCCAAGUCCUUGCGGACUAG